AUGGAGGCAGCUCUGCAGAAUGACAAAGUGCAGACGUUGAGAAAAGUGGAUGAGGACAUGCUCUGUCUUCAGCGCAUUUACACUGACCUGGCGUCGGCCGCGGAGGACCAGGCCUCGAUCUUCGAUUCCUUGGAGUCGCACAUGGCGCGGGCCGCCGCGGACGUGGAACGCGGACGAGAGGAGAUUGAGUACACCGACAAGUACAACAUGGCCGCGAAGUUGAAGCGAAGGUUGUGGUUGGCUGCGGGCGGCAUUUUCGCUCUGAUGAUCUUCGGCGGUGUGUUGAGUUCCUAGGAGCUGCAGCUUGUACCAACCAGCC